GGGCACGUCUCCGUCCUCGCUCUCGCUGGUGUAUGUUCUUGUCUUCUCACUGGGGAGCGAGGGAUCCGGGACAGAGAAAUGGGAUCGACGGAGGCAGAGGUCAGAUUGGACCUGGCUUUGUUCACAGCGCGGACCGUGGCCGGUUUCCUGAAAGCGGCGUCGGAGACAGAGAGCGGAGACACAAGGGUGGCGAGGCUGGAGGAGUCAGUGAGGAGCCUGGAGGAGGAGCGGAGGAAGAUCGAGGUUUUCAAGAGGGAGCUUCCUCUGUGCAUGCACCUGCUCAACGAUGUGAUCAAGGGGUUGGAGAAGGAGCUUGAGCAAUGCAGAGGCGAGAGAUAUGCGCGUGUGUUUGGAGAAUUGAUCCCCAUUGGGCGAAAAUUCGAAGAGGAGGAAAGGAGGGUAAAGCCGGAAAGGGGCGCCGUCGAGACGAUGAAGUGGAUGAGUUAUUCUCAGCACCGGAUCGAUAACUCCGCCAGAAACGAUCGUAGGGAUGAUGAAAUUGAGAAGGUUGAGGGCAGUGGAGAUCUUAAUCGCAAGAAAAAGGAGAACUUGUUCCUGGAAUCGAAGAGAUUGAGCGGCGGCGCCUUUGUGCCUUUUAAAGGUCCAUCCACCGUCACAGUGAAUUCCAAGGAGGAGAAGCUCGACUUUCCAGAGAAAUCCACUCAUGCCUCAGCAACGGAUAGCGGGGCUCUUUCUCUCUCCACCGUCAACGACGGCCACCGUGUAAGUAGCUCCACGUCCAAGGGCGUCAGAAAGACCCCGUUGAAGACGGACGACCACCCCUCUAGCUCACAGUCACAACAUCAGGCACCGAGAAAAGUGCGGCGGUGCUGGUCACCGGAUCUACAUCGCCGCUUUCUUUCCGCCCUCAAACAGCUCGGCGGAGUCCAAGUGGCUACUCCUAAGCAGAUCAGAGAACUGAUGAAGGUGGAUGGCCUCACCAAUGAUGAAGUGAAGAGUCAUCUACAAAAAUAUAGAUUGCAUGCAAAGAAAGUAUCCACUUCAGAUUUGGAGAGCCAAUCUAUUCCAAUAAUAGCAGGUGGUCUUCCUGAUGCUGAAGAGCGACACAGCAGUUCCUCGCGGCCGAGUGUUUCUCAAUCUGACUCUCCACAGAGUCCUCUUCAGCUCACACUGUCCAACACCGCCGGCAAUUGUCUCGAGGAAGAUGGAAAAUCUGAGAGCUAUAGCUGGAAAUAAUGCUAUUUACUAGUAAAGAUACUGAAGAACUAGGGUAGCUCAGGUGCUGUAAGGCUACUUCUGCGAGUUGUGUAGAGAGCUCUCUAUUUUUGCUGAUUGAAUGUAAGAAAGAGGCUAAUGUGAUGAAUUGUAUGACAUAGAGAUCUUGAUUCAUCUGAGUUUCUUACAUUGGAAUUUGCCUGUUCAA